CCGCCAUGAACAUAAAUCAUGGAAACAAGGUGAGGGUGACCACCAUGAACAUAAAUCAUGGAAACAAGGUGAGGGUGACCGCCAUGAACAGAAACCAUGCAAACAAGGUGAGGGUGACCACCAUGAACACAAGCCUUGGAAGCAAGGUGAGGGUGACCCCCAUGAACAGAAACCAUGGAAACAAGGUGAGGGUGACCGCCAUGAACACAAGCCUUGGAAGCAAGGUAAGGGUGACCGCCAUGAACACAAGCCCUGGAAUCAUGGUGAGGGUGACUGCCAUGAACACAAGCCGUGGAAGCAUGGUGAGGGUGACCACCAUGAACACAAGCCUUGGAAGCAUGGUGAGGGUGGCCACCAUGAGCACAAGCAAUGGAAGCAAGGUGAGGGUGAUCACUAUGAACACAAGCCAUGGAAGGAUGGUGACCAUGGGCAUGGAAAACCUAAACAUCAUGAAGGUAAUUUUGAUAGAUCCAAACCCAACCAUGGCAAAGAAGAUGACCACAAACAGAAACUCUCCAAGGACAAGUUCGAUGACAACAAACAUUGAUCCCAUUAUGACAAGUAUGAUGACAGUAAGCAAUAACACAGAUCCAACCACAAGGAUCAUAAAAAAAAUGAGGACUAAUAGUUUCUAUCACAACACAUAG